UCAUGGUUUAUGAUCGUUGCCUAGGAGUUAGAUAAGAUUGGUCUGUUCAAAGGGUUUGAAGUUAGGUGAUUUUAAUCCGUAAAAGUAAUUUUAGCCUGAUAAAUUACCACGUGUGAACUUAACCAAAAUUAGGAUUCACCUAGAUAUUAUGAAAUUAUAAAUUCUGAUUGUAGAAAAAGACCCAUUUUCUUGGCUUUAUUUUAUAAUUUAGUAUGAGCGUUUCUAAAGCAUCGUCGUCAUCACAAAAUGACAUCGAAGACCCUGUUGAGCUCAUGUUAAAGAGAACAGGUUGUAUUGAGUUGCAUUACCUGGUUCAGGAAUGCAUAGCUGAGACGCAAGACUGGAGGAAGUGUCAAGAGCAGGUGCAAAGUUUUAGAACAUGUAUGGCAGAUUAUCAAAGAAAAAAGCAGGAGGAAUAUAAAUAAAUUGAAUUCAAAUCAAUAAUCUUGGAUAUGGGGUCGAUAAUAAAACACAUAAAAUCAAUCUUUGCCGAUAGCUUGCAUAAAGAUGGGUAUAAAAUGGUUAUUGUCGUUAGGACUGACAUUCCUAUGGGCAAAGGUAAAAUAGCUGCUCAAUGUGCCCAUGCAGCACUAGAGUGUUAUCGUCAAGCAUCGACAGAUAAGAAACACGAAGACUUACUUUACUCCUGGUUGAGAUUCGGUCAACCAAAAAUAAUUCUCAAAAUACCAAGUGAAAAGGAAUUGUUAACUCUAGCACAUAAUGCCCAGGUAGCAGGUUUAGUUACUGCUGUGAUAAAGGAUGCAGGUAGAACACAAUUAGAGCCAGGCACAAUUUCAGCAAUUGGAAUUGGACCAGCUCCCAGGGUUUUAGUUGAACGUUUAACGUCUAACUUGAAGUUACUGUAAAUUAUAAAAAGAGGACAAGCAAAGAAAGUGUCUAGUUCCGUUUCAUGUUUUGUGAUUAAUGUACCACGUGUGUCGAAUAACAUUUGUUGAAAUGAAAAAAAAUGAAAUAUACAUUUUAUUCUAUAGUCGA